AUGGCGGCGGCAACGCCUGACGAGAAGGCACACUGGCCUCAACCUAAUUUUGCGAACCCUGAAAACCGCCAUGGGCUCGUGAUUGGACUCACGGUGCCGACAAUGUUCGCCAUUCCCGUAUCAAUUUUCCCAUUGGUAUGCCUCAAUCUCGGACUCGGACUGCAUAUUUGGGACCAGAAGCCGGAAUGGCACACCCCAUACGCGAAGAUAAGCUACGCGGCCGAUAUCCUAUUUCCAUUGGCAUGUUCAUUAACCAAGAUCUCCUUGUGUUUGACAUACCUGCGAUUGUUUCCCAAUCGUUCGAACAAGAUAUUCUGCUACAGCAUGGUUACCUUUGUGACUAUGUACACAGUAGCAUGCUUCUUUCUAUCUCUAUUUCAAUGCCAACCUAUCCGUGGCUUUUGGAAUAGCGAUGUUAAGCAAAAAUGCAUCAACAUGCGACUUUCAUUUGUCGUUAUUGCCGCAUUGAACAGCUUUAGCGACUUUGUCAUCUAUUUGUGGCCUGCAAAACCUUUGUGGAGUCUGCAAUUGCCUAUCAAGCAGCGGCUUGGUCUCAUCUUCCUCUUCUCCAUCGGUCUCCUUGUUUGCAUCGCAGGUGUUCUCAGGAUGUACUUUCUUGAGAUGUACUUUGAAUCGUCUGACCUCAGCUGGACCGCUUCCCUUAUCUGGUGCGCCAUGAUCCUCGAAAUGAACAUGGGGAUCAUCUGCGGCAGUCUCUCUGGUGUAAAGCCCGUCAUGGCAGUAAUGUUUCCCGCUCUUUUCGGAAGCUCCUACAAAACGAGAAGCGGUGGCACACGACCAACAUAUGGGCGAACCGGUCGAUCGACUAGAAACGAGUCCUUUGCUUUCAAGCCACUUUCAGACCUCUCCAGCAAGUCUCGCGACCGGAGGAUCGAGGACGUCUCCAUCGACGCGAUCAACAAGCCCGAGGGCAAGGAGCACAGGAACUUCGCAUGGGCGAGUUCAAGCGGCAAGCUUGCGGCUGAUUCGAGCGUCCCUGCAAACGCGAUUGGAGUGCAGCAGGUCGUCACCGUUGAGGAAGAAGAUUCGGGUAAUAUGACACCGCAUAGUGAGAGGGACACCAGGGUAAAUGGUCUGUCGGACGCAGGGAGCGAAGAAUGGAUUAUAGAUACUCGCCCCAAGGCUCAUGGGACAUGAGAAAUGGAUAAAAACGG